GACGUCGCGAAUGUCGUAUCGCUAGUAGACACGCCGUGAGUUCCUCCAUAUCCUCAUUCACUCUCGACCAAGAGAGUUCAGUCGCUCUCGUACCUCCAUUGGUGGAGAAGUAGACAGAAUAGACUACUGCAGUCAAUAAAGGUUGAAUUAUAAAAAAGAGGAGAAAGACGAGAAAUAAAAGCAAAAGGAAAAUUAGAAUAAAAUUAAUAAUUAAUUUUUCGUUCUUUUUUUAUUUAGUACAUGACGGAUAUUUUUUUAAAUAAUUUUAACAGUUCGCGUCGUCUCUCACAGUUGUUUACCCUGUUUCGUUCUGUCAACAUUUUCGUGUCAAUCAAAUGACGGACCAUUCUCAUACUGCGAUUUGCAGUCGCAAAGACUUUGAAGAAGCCUGUGGUAAUACACGGAGAAUAUAAAUUUUUUAAAUUCUCUCUCAGUACACGAUACACGCGGUCGACGACCCCACGUGCAAUUCUUGUCAUCGUUAACACCUCUGACGUUUAUUCUCUUUGGGAAUAAAAUUCUCGAGUAUUUUUUUCAGAGAGACAAAAAUAAAGAGACAGAGAGUUAGGGAGACUGUUUCAUUGUGUUUACGCGUGUGCUUACAGUUUUUAUUUGAUAUCUGAUCAGUUUUCUUUUUCGUAUAUCAAUACGACUGUGUUUUUUGACUGAUCAGCAACCGUUCUUCCUGCUCGUUCAGAUUUGAUUCGACAACUUUCUGACAGAAUUUCUGCUUCACGAUAACGGGUGGGAUCAUUAGAGGCUAAUAAAAAAAUCUUCAUGAACGGCGGCUUGUGAUAUCACGAUAAUUCGACAGCGUCGUCGACUGCAUCUCUCGGGCGUCGUGACAGCUGUCAAAAUUUCGCCUCAAAGGAGUGAAUACCCAAGAGGAUAAAGCAGCCGGAUGAAUGAGAAAGUAUAACAAGAUAGACUGAGGAUAAAAUAGGCGUCUGAAUGUCCAAAGUGAUAUCUAGGAUCGCGUGAAGCAGCCCGUACAGACUCAACCAGGGCAAUGGCGCAGCCCGAGUUCAUUCGGGCUGCCGAAAACUCAAGCAGCGACAGCAACUACCUCAGGCGAAAUUUCACCCUGGACGAGAUCCUCGCUACUGCGGGGAACGAGACCUCCGGCCAAGAGAGUAUUAAUUCAUUUUACUUCUACGAGAGGGAGCAAUUCCUGGUGCUGGGUUUUCUAUUUUUCGGCAUAGUCAUCGGCAAUGGCGCCGUUCUCUCUGCACUUUUGCUCGGAAGAAGUCGCAAGACCAGAAUGAAUUACUUCAUUAUGCAGCUGGCAAUUGCCGAUCUACUUGUUGGCUUAAUAUCUGUUGGCACUGAUAUCGCCUGGCGAUUUACCGUUGAAUGGCUCGCUGGGAAUUUAGCGUGCAAGCUCAUACGUUACCUUCAGGCCGCCGUGACAUAUAGCUCAACGUAUGUCCUCGUUGCUCUCAGUAUAGACAGAUACGACGCCAUAACCCAUCCCAUGAAUUUUUCUGGAAGCUGGUUCCGUGCAAGAUGCCUCGUCGCCGGGGCUUGGUGUUUAUCUUUGCUGUUUGCCACGCCAAAUGGACUUUUAUUCAAGGAAAGGAUCGUCGAGAACAAAUUGCAAUGCUGGUGCCACCUGAAUUCUCAACAAUGGCAGAUAUACAUAUCGUUGGUGAGCGUCGCUGUUUUCAUCCUGCCGGCGCUUAUUAUUUCUGCCUGUUACGCAUCAAUUGUCUUCACGAUAUGGAGCAAAAGCAAGUUGCUCGCACCGAGUGUGUCGCGACCAAAAAUCAAUGGACACUUGGAUGAAGACGAAGAUACCAGAAGAGCCAGUAGUCGUGGACUGAUACCACGUGCUAAGAUAAAAACUGUCAAAAUGACAUUUGUCAUAGUAUUUGUAUUUAUACUGUGCUGGAGCCCGUACAUCGUAUUCGACCUGCUCCAAGUCUUCGGUCACAUACCAAACACCCAGACGAAUAUCGCCAUCGCUACGUUCAUUCAAAGUUUGGCUCCUUUGAAUUCCGCUGCCAAUCCGAUUAUCUACUGCGCCUUCUCAUCGCACAUCUGCGGAAAUCUCAGGACUUUUGUGAAUUUGUUCAGGAAAGUACCGCCGUUCAGGUGGAUCAUUGGGGGACCACGUGGAGGCCGUUAUGGCAAUUCAAGAACCGACACCACAAGUCUGACGGAAGGUAUAAGUUCGCGUAUUCGUUCGCUCCAUGUGAACACACGAUCCCACAGUCUCCAUACGAUGAACAACCAUAAACUAUAAUCUGUCGAAGCUGUGGAUCGCGACUGAAAAUUAUGAGGACUUACGCGUAGAAGCAGCGCCUGACAAUUUUUGAGAAUCCUUGAAGGAAGGAUGGGUGAGUCGAUGAUGUAUGACGAUUAGCAAUCAGGAUUAAUAACCAAAGAUGAAAAAACUUUGAAAAAAUUCCUAUGGCGCGAAUGCCAACCAAAGACACAAAAAAUGGAAAUAAAUAGAUAAAAAGGCGCACGGGUUUAUGGAUUUAUCAAUUAAGACAAUUUUUACCGUACAAUUUUUAGUUAAUUUAAAAGUACAAUUUUUAUCCGUACGUCGUAUAUUCGCACGAAUUUGACAGUACAGGAUCUUUCAAAACACACCAUGCUACUUAUGUACUAAUAUGCUACGUGUGCAAAUGUGCCUCUCCUACAGUCCAUUCCCAAUUUUUUUUAUCUUUUAUGACAAUCUAAUUUUAGCAAAUCAUACGUGGCUUUUCAUGACAUCCUUGAAAUUGAAAAAAAUAUAUAUUUCAGUAGAUUCAGAAAUACUUUACACGUGGACCGAUUACACAUUUGAGAAUUGACCUAAUCAAUCAGUAAUAGAGUUUCACUGAAUUUUAUCUUGGGCACUCAUCGAAAAUCCGAUUGCGCGGUGGAGAAAUUCUGUAUGACAGGGUUUCCCAAACUGUGCUCCGCGGGAAGGUAGCAACUGUUCCGCGAAAAAAAUAUUAAUAACAAAGCUUUUUUACUAAAUGCUAAGAAAAGCUGAAUUCUAACUGACCUAGUUAUGACUCGAAAUUCAAAUAAAUACUACAUGAAACGAGUAUUUUUUAUUUUUCUAAGAUUUAUUCAUUAUGUGUCAUUACCUAACCUUCAAAUUACAAAAGGUUCUCCGUCAAAAAUCAAAAACCCUCAAAGUGCUCCAUCAGAGAAAAACUUUGGGAAACCCUGCUCUAUGACAUUGUCGCUCGAUAUUCUGCGUGCAAAAAUUUUCAAGCUGUGAGAAUAAUCGCGGAGUUCGUCGAGUUCAUUACCAGUCUGAAUAUAAAAUCAAAUAAAAAAAACAUCGUUGUAGAAUUUCUCAUAGAAGAAACAUUGACGAUUUUUUGUAGCAAAAAAAAAGAAAAGAAAAAAAAAAGGAAAAAUGUCAAAUAUACUCGUCCAUGAUAUAUUCGUGUAUUACUUUUGAUUUUACUUCGUAAGUAUUAUUCUAAGUAGAGUCAGAGGAAGUGGAAGCAGUAUUACUACGGAAUAUUACUUAAUUAUAAAAAUGUCAAAUAUACAUAAGUGAUAGAUCAUCGUGCAAAUUAUACAUACCUCACGAAAUAAGAUAUUUAUUAAAACUCUGUAUAUACACUGUAUAACAAUAAAAGCAUAUACAUGUAUACAUAGAUACAUGUAUGUAUUAUGUAUAUAGAUACAUGUAUGUAUUAUGUAUAUAUAUAUAUAUACUUACCGAUAAAAAAAUAUCGACCCGUAAAAAUUCUCGCAUGACAUAUGCUACAAUCUAUUUUUCACCCAGCAUUCUUUUCUGGCGCCACAUUCCUGAUGCUAUUUUCAUAGCCACACAAAGUUAUGUGACGCGUGAUCGAUAGAUCAUCCAUAGCAUAUAUUCUGUGAGUCCAUUGAGCGAUCUCGCCGAUUCAUGACGUAAGUAACAAUCACUAAUUAAUAUUUCGCGACAGUUUGAAAGGCAUUAAUACUCUAUACGUGUGCCAAAGCAUGACUGUUAGAUUUUGCAUGCGCACUGAGACACCCAUUAUAUGUAUACUUUACGACCGAUUAAUGCCGCAUAUUAAUAACACUUUUUCGCGAAGAAUGUUCCAUGGAUUUUUUUAAUUUUCUAUUCGGCUUACAAAAAAGUAAGUUAGUAUUGUGAUUGAUAUUAACACAUUCAUGUCGGAUGACGCCUCAUGUCGUCAUUCAAGAUUUUCCCUUGGGUGCGGAUAACGCCUUAUGUCGUCAUUUAAGUUAUCGUUUAACUAUUCUUUAAAAAUAUCAUUUUUUCCACUUAUUACUAGAUUUUUUCCAUAUGUAGACACUAAUAAUAAACUGAGGAAUGUUUUCCCAAUAAUAUGCUUUAUCUUUUCUUAUCGUUUCUUCCUUUAUACGUGUAUCUAUACUUAUUCAUUGUUUGGCCGCUACUUAUCGAAACCAGCACCUGAGCCCCGUAAAUAAGCACUCUGUAUUGUGUUAGAUUAUCGCUCUACAAAUCUAUCCUCAAAAUAUAUUCUCUUUUUUAUUUAUUCAAAAGAUAUUUAACUAGGAUUUUAGGAAAUUUGAAAUGGAAUAUUACCUAGUAUCUAAUCUCAUUUUUGUGUAUAAACAAGUCCUAUGCUCCCUUCUUUAAAAUUUCAUACUGAAAUAUUAAUUACAUAAAAAGUUAUAGUAAUUUUUCUAAACCUAUGAGCGACUGUAACAUUUGACAGAAAACGGCCCCGUACUCACAGUAAGCACAGCCAGCAAACGCCCCGUCGCGAAUGUGUUAA